CGGUGAAAUUUCAAACUCCCACCACCACUCUCUCUCUCUCUCUCUCACACACACACACACAUCUGGGCGUUAAACAUUAUACUCCAGUUGCUUCCACUACAAGAUUUGGAUCCCAGCUGCUUAGAAAUCAAGCAGUUUUAGGGAAAAAGACUGUUCGAAUUUUCCCGGAAAAAAGCCGACGAAUGUAUGGCGAUUCUCGAGCAUUAAUUCCUCGCCCAACUGCUAUAUUUUCCCCAAAAUCGAACCCCAACAAUUCCAGAUUACAAAGAGCCGACAAUAUCUGUCCAAAUUUCAAAGAGGCUCAUAAUUUUUCAAAUCGUGCUCAUCGCUUUUGGUGUUGAAUUGUAAUAUUUUUGGUGAAUAUGAAUAAUCAAGACGAGUACAGGAAUUAUCAAAAUAAUCAUAAUCACAGCAACCAAUCGAAUUCCAAUUCUGGGUUGCUGAGGUUUCGCUCUGCUCCGAGCUCUCUGCUUUCCAACUUCAACAGCGUCGGGACGGAUUAUGGUGAAAAGAGUUCGAGCCCUGAGAAUGUGAUGCAUGAUUUGGAAGAGAGCAAGCCUUUCGCAAAUGGGUAUUGCUUGAGCUCUUCCCAAUUGCCGCCUCAGUAUCCGAGACAGAGCAAUACUAGCUCGUAUGGAGGAGUCGUGGGUUCGAAUCAUCUCAUGCGGCAGAGUAGCUCCCCUGCUGGGAUUUUCUCUCCUCAAAAUGGCUACGCUUCGCUGAGAAGUUUUGGAAAUUAUAGGGUGGGGAAUGGUACUAAUGAUGGGGAUGUAAGUCCAUCUUCAAGCAGGUUGAGGAAUCCAAUGAGUUUCUCACCUGUGGUGCCUUCUUCCUUAGGAAUGCUGUCUCAGAUCUCUGAACUUGAGGACGAAAGUGUUGUCAGGAGCGACAUAAAGCUCGGGAAUGGCAGUCGGGAGCCUCAGUUUUUCCCAUUCGGUUCUUGGAGUGAGUCUUCACAUUUUCCAGAGAAUUACUCUUUGAUGAAAAGGGACUUGGAUUAUGAUGGGAAGUUGUUUGCCUGUACUCAGAACGGGGAGCUAGAACAUCGCGCACAUAAUUUGUCGCCCCACUUAAGUUUACCAAAGACCGCAGCUGAAAUGGAACGAUUACUGCAGUUCCAAGAUACCGUUCCAUGUAAAGUUAGAGCCAAGCGGGGUUGUGCCACUCAUCCAAGAAGUAUUGCAGAGAGGGUCAGAAGAACUAGGAUCAGUGAAAGAAUGAGGAAACUACAAGAUCUUGUCCCAAACAUGGACAAGCAAACGAAUACUGCAGACAUGUUAGAUUUGGCUGUUGAGUACAUAAAAGACCUACAAAAACAGUACAAGAUACUCAACGAAUAUCGGGCAAACUGCAAGUGUUCAAGUAUACAGAAGGCAUUCGCAAAUCUAUCUGCUUGAUUUGCUUAUGUACAGCAAAAUAGAGGAUGUAGAAGUGGAGAGAAACCAUACUAGUACUUUCUGUUUUUACCCUUGAGACUUGGUGUGUAUGAAUUAGAGAAUGGCUAUUAAAAAUAGCCAAGGCAUUAGAUGAACUGUACAGGAUGCUGUAUUAGUAUAAUCCUUGAAAUGUAGUACUAGCUCUUUUGCUGAAUAA